AUGAGGAUUUCUAAAAAGUCUGUGAAUGGGAGGCUAUGCUAUUUGAUGGUCCCUAGAGUAGUUGAUGGCUGGGGAUGGAGGAAAUUGGAUAAUAUGAUAUUGGAUGUCUCUUUGGGCUACAGAGGUUACUUUAUUGAUGCUGGCUUUAACAAUCUGCAGGCAAAGAGUAGGGACGAAUCAUCUGGGGAACACAAGAUUGUGAAACCUGAGAAGGGUCUUUCCAGAGGUAGAGUUUUGAGACCUAAUUUACCACGGGAUGAGUGUGGUGCUGUGGGGAUGGGAAUGGAAACAAUUCCUUUUGAUAACAACAAUGCCAUAGACUCUUUGGUUAGUGUGGAGGGUAGGUGUCAGUUAGGAGGUGGAUGGGAUUUGGUAGUAGUGGAUGCAGUAGAGCAGUUAGAUGUGAAGGGAGGUAGUCCUUUUAAUAAGGCGGGGGAGUUAGAGAGUGUGAUUAGGUAUUUUCUUUUUGAUGAGAAAGGGUGGGAUAGAUUGAGGUAUUUUUUGGCUUUUGUAGACUUUUCACCGGUGCCUUUUAAAGGGAAGGACAAAGAAAAUAGUUAA